UAUUUGACAGUGAGCACAUUGACAUCUAUAAUUGUUGAUAGGAGUUCGGAUGGGGAGUUCUUGCGCAUUGAUUUUAACAUAAGUUUCCCGGCAUUAUCAUGUGAAUUUGCAUCAGUUGAUGUGAGUGAUGUACUUGGAACUCCUUGCAGGUGAUAUUUGGUGACGGAUGCAUCUUGUCAUCGAGUCUUCAUUUCUCGACAACGAUCACAACAAUGAUGUAAUGUUGAUGUGAAUAAUGUGUGUUGCCUAUGAAUAGGUCAUUAAGGGAUCGGGGCCAUAUUGGACUUGUAGCCCUCUAAAAUCAGGUCCAAUGGGCUCAACAAUAUGUAAGGGGCUAUAGCAGUUUGAGACCAUGAAUCUAUAUCACUAUGACAGUAUUUGGAACUUAGCCAAAAGAGGUGAUUCCACCCUUAUUCAUAUCUUGACUUUAGAGAUCCACCAACUAAUUGACAGGCUUUGGAAGAGAAGGAACAGGUUAAAUAUUACAAAAACAGUUCGAAAGUUUUCGAUAGAUCUGAAUCUAAUUCCAACCGGAUCCGAGUUUCACUCUGGACCGAUUCCAAAAGUUAGUAAACAUGGAGAUGAUUCUGAAGAAGAAUACCUUGAUGGUUCAGAUUAUUUGACUGCUGAGAAUUUUGAGAAAUAUGCACAUCGGUAUUCGAUCCUAGUUGUUAAUUUCUUUGCAUCAUGGUGUUAUUGGAGCAAUCGCUUGAAACCAUCAUGGGAGAGAGCAGCUAAAAUAAUAAAGGAGAGAUAUGAUCCCGAAAUCGAUGGACGGAUUUUGUUGGGAAAAGUUGAUUGCACUCGAGAAGGAGAACUAUGCAGAAGGCAUCAUAUUCAAGGCUACCCAUCUAUUCGGAUUUUCAGGAAAGGAAGUGAUGUAAAGGAAAACCACGGACACGAUGAACAUGAAUCUUAUUAUGGAGAGCGUGACACAGAUAGUUUAGUAGCGGCAAUGGAAACUCUUGUUGCUCCCAUUCCAAGAUACUCUAGUAAUAUGGCAUUGGCUGAUGAGUCAAAUCACUCUGUGGAGACAGCAAAACGUCCUGCACCAUUGACUAGUGGAUGUAGAAUAGAAGGAUUUGUACGUGUUAAGAAGGUUCCUGGCACUCUUGUCAUCUCAGCUCACUCUGGAUCACACUCCUUCGAUCCAUCUCAGAUAAAUGUCUCGCAUGUUAUUUCACAAUUUUCUUUUGGUAAAAAGCUCUCGCAGAGGAUGCUGUUUGAAGUGAAGAGACUAACACCAUAUCUUGGCGGAAGUCAUGAUCGGUUGAUGGGCCGAUCAUAUAUUAUUAAUCAUGACCAUGCUAAUGCAAAUGUUACUAUUGAGCAUUAUCUCCAAGUUGUAAAGACUGAAAUAGUGUCGAGAGGAUCUUCUCAGGAACUCAAAUUGCUCGAGGAGUAUGAGUACACAGCCCACAGUAGUUUGGUGCACAGUCUAUACAUUCCUGUAGCCAAAUUCCAUUUUGAGCCUUCUCCCAUGCAGGUUUUGGUAACUGAAGUCCCGAAAUCCUUCUCUCACUUCGUCACCAAUGUUUGUGCCAUCAUUGGAGGUGUAUUCACGGUUGCAGGAAUACUGGACUCCAUUUUGCACACCACUUUACGCCUUGUGAAAAAGAUUGAUUUAGGCAAACAAUUUUGACAUAGAAGAAUGAAAUCAAGCGCUCAAUUUUUUGCCGAUCCCAUUAGGAAUCAUGAUCAUGCGUUUCUUGGUGAAGUUUUCAGCAAAUGCAGCAAUGGCCAUUGUAUUCCUAAUUUAUUAUGAUUUCUGCUGUGGAAGACAUUUCUUCCUGAGCUUUCGCCCUAAGACCGCCGAGGCAUAAUUUGUUCCAUGUCAAGUUAGUAAAUGAAAUGACAGGAAAGAGCUCCUUAGCAUCUUUUGGGUUAUUGAAGUGUUCUUACAAACCGCAAAGAAAUGACUGCGUCCCAUUUCAUUUCGUU